AUGAAUGUUGACAACAACGUACCAGGAGCGGUCGCGGCAGGAGGUCAGCUGGCAUCUGCGAUUUCUGUGAAACUGCCAGAUUUUUGGAAAAAUGACCCCAACAUGUGGUUCGCGCAGGCGGAAGCCCAGUUCCACUUGGCCCGGAUCACGCAAGAUGAGACGAAGUUCUGGCAUAUCGUCGCCAGGAUCGACCAGACUGUCAUCUGUCAUAUCUCUGAUCUGGUCAAUACGCCGCCGGUAAUCAACAAAUAUCAAGCUGUCAAGGACCGGCUCAUCGCUCGUUUCGCAUUGUCGCCUCAAGCCGACAUUGAGCAGCUGCUCGGAUCUAGCGAUCUUGGUGAUCUCCGGCCGUCGCAUCUCCUCGCUCGUAUGCAGGAAAUCGCUACGGCUCUGAACGUGGAUGACGGCAUCAUGAAAACGUUGUUCCUUCAGCGACUUCCGAACCACGUCCGUACAAUUUUGUCCAUCAGCGAUGGCAGUCUUGUGAAAUUGGCUGAAAUGGCCGAUCGAAUGGUGGAAUCUUCAACAAACGUCGCCAGUUGUUCUACUCCAACAGCCGAAGCAUCGGCACUCGAUUACAGCAGCCUCAAGGGAGAAAUAGAAGCGCUCACGGCUGAAAUUCGACGGUUGAAGGCCGGACCCAGCCGAUCCAGAAGUCGUUCGUCAUCCAGACCAGGCGGUGCAGAAGACACAGUUUGCUGGUAUCACCGCAAAUACGGUGGUCGGGCCGAGCACUGCCGAACGCCAUCGUCAAAAAAACUAGAUUCGCGCCUUCCUGAGUCGGCGCAGGUGGGCGGUGACAGCGGAAGUCGACGUCUUGUUGUAUUCGACAAAACCAGCAGUAUCAGAUAUCUCAUCGACACGGGCUCAGACGUUUAA